UUAUCAAAUGUUUUUCGGAAUCAUGCUACCUGUACCACAAAAAGCCGCAAGUGGUGUAUAUUUGAUGGACCAGUAGAUGCUGUGUGGGUGGAGAAUAUGAACACAGUCUUAGAUGAUAACAAGAAGCUUUGCCUAAUGAGUGGAGAAAUCAUUCAAAUGAGUCCACAGCAGAACAUGAUUUUUGAGGUACUUGAUCUUGAGCAGGCUUCACCGGCCACAGUGAGCAGAUGUGGAAUGAUAUAUAUGGAAGCAAAAGACUUAGGAUGGGAGCCGCUGACUAAGUCAUGGUUAGCUGCGAAACUUCCAGCAGGGUUUACUGCUGAGGAAAGCCAAAUUGUGCAGGUAGAACCAAUGCUCACCAUAUUAACUCUGGGAGGAAAAAAUUGUUAUCUUCUCUCAUCUAAAACAUUUCUUGCUUCCUAGCCAGUCAGCAGUUCAACAUUUAAUAAAUAACCUAGGCUGUGGACAGGACAUUUUUUCUUUAUUUUGAUACCCUUACAGAAGUAAUCAUGCCUCUUGUCAGGUUCUCUACAGAUAAAGACAAAUGCUCUGCAUUGCCAGACUGUCUAUGCAUUUCAAUUUCAACCUAAAACAAUGAAAUGUGUGAUUUCUGGAUACUCCGAGAAUGUCAUCUGUCUUGUCAUUUGAGAUAGAAUGACAAUACUGCAUAAAUAUAGCAUUUCA